AGCAUUUUUCUCAAUGAUGCACACAUUUGUGGCAGCUUUUGAUGCUUUCUGUUGAAAUUCCAACUCCCAGAACUCAGCUUCUGCAGUCAACAUGGUUAACAGCCAAAUUUUGUGCUAUAAUCACCUUUUGAAGGUCCCUAAAACAGACUUCCCUCACCAGACAUUACUUACUAAUUUUACUGUCUUGCUUUAGUGAGAAAUUGAUCAAACAAAAUUAUAUUUCUCAACAUGUUGAGUGCAAGGUCACAGUUUGAUUCUGAGGCUUUGGCAGAAGCUGCCAGGAAUGGAGACCUGAAGAAGGUGGAGAAGAUUUUGGAUGGAAUGGGUAACUUCACUCUGAUCAACAGAGGCAAUGAGUAUGGUCAAACCCCUCUUCACAAGGCAGCCAUAUCUGGGAAACCAGAUGUUGUGAGUGUCUUGGUGCAAAGUGGGGCUUCCAUAGAUGCAAAAGAUGCAUUUGGGUCCACCCCGCUCCAUGUGGCCUGUCAGUUCAACCGCCCACAUGUAGUCCAUGUGCUGCUGGAGCUGGGGGCCAAUGACACCAUCACUGACUCUUUUGGUGCUACACCAUUGCAACGGUGCAAGGACUUGAACAAUCUUGAAUGCGAAAGGGCACUGUUGAGGUUUCCAAUCAUCAAAGAGAUGUCAAAGAGGAUAGACAAAGUUGAGGCAGAUUUGGAGAGUGCUGACUUGGACAUGCUGUUUCUGUCAGAACAGAUUAAAAGUGAUCCAGCUCUGAUGGACAAAGCUUUGGCAAAGUACAAGAAAAUUGCUUUGGACAAGCAUACAAAGAUGCAAGAAAAGAAAAGGAUUUUGAGGGAGCAGCAAAUGGCUCUCAAGAGGCAACAAGAAGAAAGGAUAAAAGCCCUGAGCACAAAUAAUCUAGCAUUUAAAGCUGAUGAAAAUCCCCAACCCUCAAAGAACUCCACAAAAACAAACAAGGAAUGAUUUGGGAAUGAAAUGUUUUGAGUUAGGAUUGAAACAAUUUGGAACAAUUUAUUCCAUCUUCUUGAACAUGUUUCAAGAGCAUAAUAUACACAAUAUGGCGCA